GGUGAGGUCUUCAGUCUCUUGCCUGGUGAGGUUCUCGACUUGGUCCUCCAGGCAUUGAGGAGGUUGCACUUGGAUAAGAAUAGUGACAGUUGUGCGACGUGUAUGAUGCGCGAUCUAUGCAGCGCCGCCCUUUGCAGCAAGAGAUGGUAUAAGCACGCCCGCGCCGCCUUAUAUGAAGACAUCCAGCUAGUAGGCUCAGACUCUGCCGCACACAAGAAGAAGUUUAAGCAAAACCAAGGCAACCGUAUGGCCAUGCUACGACGCACCCUGCGCUCCAACCCAGACAUCGCCGUCUUGGUACGCUCGUUGAAAGUUCCACAUCCAGAACCGCCGUUGAAUUGGUCCGCCUCGAAGGGCAUGCAGUGGCUAGAACAAUACGAAGACCGCGUGGCCACGCUGAUAAUGGCUUGUCCGAAGCUGGAAAGGCUGUCGGGCCCAACGCCAAACUACGACCACUCGUUCAAGAAGAUCUUCCACGCGUUGUCGACGCGGAAGUCACUAAAGGACAUGACUUGGAUCAUAGAUCCUGCAUCCGUACCGCCACAGGGGCAGCGUACGGACUCUCCAUCUAAACAACGGGUGCAAAGCGGCCCUUCUAUGCUGGAGCCAUCUCAAGGAGGCGCAUUCCUGGGCAACCAUCGAAACUGGUCCUCUUUGGCCAGGCUGUCGAUACUCUGCGAGCCCGGCGCCACGCUGGCUCCUCAUGGGCUCCUAUCAAAAACAUUAACUUACCUCCCCCAGCUCCAACACCUCCACCUCUGCAAUCUCCCUCCCAACGCCUUCAACGAUAACAACCUCCUCUCUCUGCCGCCACUCAAGUCCCUGAUUCUCUCCCGCAUCGUGGGCAUUACCUCCAAUGGCCUCACAUCCUUCGCCACCCGCAGCAACACGUCGCAUCUCCAGCGCCUCGAGCUCCGCAACACGCCUCUCACGUCUCUCCCGGCCCUCGCCCGCAUCUUCUCCUACCUCCCGGCCCUCAAAUACUUUUCUCUCGCGCAAUCCUUCCCCCCCGUGAUGCCCGAGACCGACUCCUUUGCGCUCUGGAUGAUGCCCUAUCUCGCCUCGUCCACCAUCGUCAAGCUCCACUGGGACAUCACCAGCCAUCCCGCUACCACGAACACCGCAGAUGACAUCCUCGCCCGUAGCAUCGAGGCCGGGGGUUUCCCUGCUCUCACCACACUCCGAACCCCCAACGACCCCGAGGGCCGUUUCCAAGCCCUCUGCCGCCCCGUCGAGCAAGUCUGCCUCCCCAACGACCGCUUCUUCCGCCAACACGGCAUCGGCAGCAUCCCGGCCUCCGGAUCCUUCAGCGCUCCCUCAUCACCAAUCUCCCCGAUCCACAAAUCCGCAACGACAAUGUCCCUCCCGUCGACCCUCUACGCGCCCCCUUCUCCCGGGACCGACCUCCAAAAGGCCCGUCUCGCCGCCCAGGCGCGCCUCGAGGCCGCUCACGACAUCCCGCGCUUCACGUUCAACAUCACCGACGACGACGGACUCGUCAACCAGACAAUCGGCGUCGUCGGCUUCGUCGGCACCCUGGGCAGCAAGAUAUCAUAUCACCUACUGCCCGAUGAUGGAGCCACGGACGAGCAGGGCGGCCUGGUCGACGUGAUUGAUCUCGUGGGCGAUGGCGGAGAGGCGCUCGCCGGCGGCAGAGAAGGAUGCACGGGGCGCUGGAAUCAGAAAGAGGGCGAGGUGGCUGACAAGAAGGAGAAAGAGAAGUGGUGGCAUACCGAGAGAGGGAGGUGGCGGCGG